AAUACGGCAAGUCGGAUGAGCCAAAUGUUCAUUCCCGACCCGGCGUGGUCUCUCUUUUGGUACUAUAUUUUCAGCAUUUAGUGUUUCAGGAGUGCCGUGUGAGGACAAAGGGAAUGGCUCUGGAUCAGUUCUGUGAUGUGGUGCAAAGAUGCCAAGCGCUCCAAGCUGAUAGCUACACCACCGAAGAUCACGAUGUCUUUAUGAUUGCUGGUCGGUCAUGCAUCGAGGAGGGACACAGUGCUCAAAUGCUCAGUAUUGUCCUGGAUGACACAAAUCAGGAACUGGUGAGAUGUAUGGGGUGGAACCUGCUGCCUCCUCUGGUUCAGGUUCUGUUGAAGAAGGACGACAAGAACCUUCCUCACUGUCUGGCCAUUUUCAAUCACCUACUUGAGACGUGCAGACCUAAAGAGCUGCUGAUUGGUUUAUUGGAGCAGUUGGAGCAGGAGGAACCUGUCGCCAUAGCGGAGAGCCUCCAUCUGCUGUUGAAGCCUUUGCAGAGAGUGCUGCUGCGUCUGGGCAGCCGUAAGGCGUCGUCUUUGGGCAUGGCUUUGUCCUCCGCCCUGGAGCAGGUUGCCAAACUGCCUGUGCCUCACACCAAAGAGCAGGAGGAAGAUGACAUCUUUUUGCUUGGUCGCUGCUGCUCUGACCUGACUGCCUUUGUCAAGCCCUUCGUCCAAGAGGCUGAACGGGAGCUCUGUAAAGGUGACAGCAAAGCGAGCGCGAGCUCCAAAAAGUCGGCCAAACUUGACGGGGUGUCACUGGAUCAAGAGGAGCUGAGGACAGAGCUUCUGAAGUUCUGCAUGAGUACUUUGUGUCGUCCGCUUCUGGAGGUGCAACUCAAUGAUCCUGACGCUCUGGCUUUGUCUCCUCUGAGGGAUUUGGCCACUGAUAUUUUGAACAACCUCAAUGCUAUCGGAGAGUCGACGACGAGCCUCGUGUAUCAGCCUCUCUCCAAGAGAAAAGAGGCGGCGGGCUUUUUAGAGGAAGAAGUGCGCUAUCCCAAAGAGUCGCUAGCCAGCCUGGCUCACCUGGUGUUCGUUCAUCACCUUGCUGCAGACACCUUCCCCUGUGUCUUCAAUCCUGUGUUCUGUCUUCGGUGCAAUAUGGAUCACGUCAGCCUCCUGCUAUCCAGAAGCGCAGACUUGAAGAUUCAGAAAGGACUGGAGCUUUAUGAAAAGUGUCUUGUGCGCGUAGAGGAUAACAGUUUGCCCUCGGAACUGCUGCAAAUGAAGACAUUCCUCACUGUGCCUCAGAACUUAACAAAGGUCAUGACCAUAUGUCCAAGACACGAUUUGAGACGCAAAGGCUUGAAAGUGUUCCAGCUAAGCAUCGACAAGUUCAAUCUUGAAGCCAAAUACAAUUUUUUCAAGUUCAUGCUGAAAACAAGUCAUCACUCCGGGGUCGAAGGCUACAUCAUCAAAAACAUCCGAAGUCAGAUCGAUUUGGCCUUGCGGCCCGGAAACGCGAACAUCUGGUUUGAGGGAUUUCGCUUGCCCCCUCUGCUGCAAUUAGUCUUCACUCUCGCUGACGGCCCCGAGACCGACCUGCUGCAGUACUUGGACAGAAUCAUGGAGGCUCUGAAUUUGCUGCGUUACCUCAUCAUCAGAGACAAAGUGACAGAGAACAAGACAGGGAUCUGGACAGCGCUGUAUAAAAUAGAAGAUGUGUUCUUGAAGCCCCUACGUGUUGGAAUUAACAUGUCGAGAGCCCACUACGAGAGGGAGCUCAGCACCACUACCACGGAGAACAAAAAUAAUGUCAAAGAAACAUCUGUCAUUUCCGUAUCCGUCGGUGACGAGAAGCUUCCGAGCAUGACUUCAGAGUCUCAGAUUCAGGCCCUCCAUUCAGCCCUGCACACCUUUGACAUGAUGGAGAGCGUACUGGUACGAAUAGAGGAGCUCACAGAAGUGAAGAGCUCCAUUUAAAUGUUUGCAUCUCUUUCAUUUCACUCGUGGAAAUGAAACAUUUCUGUACAAUGCAGUGAUCUUCGUACUCAGAUGUUUUUUUUAAAAUAAUUAAAUCAUGGCCAUUUGGAACAAU